UUUGAUGAUUUCUCCCGGGAUCUUUGUGUCCAGUCGCUCCUGGAGAUCAUGGACAUGUUCUGUGACCGCCUCAGCUGCCACGGCAAGGCAGAGGAGUGCAUCGGGCUGUGCCGGGCGCUGCUGAGCGCCCUGACCUGGCUCCUGCGCUGCGCCGCCUUCUACGCCGACAAGGUGCCCGAGACGCUGGAGCAGGCGGCGGCCGAGGGCCAGCCCAAGAUUUGUCUGGAGAGGCUGGAGAAGAUGCUCAGCAGCACCAAGAACCGCGCCCUGAUCCACAUCGCGAAGCUGGAGGAGACGUCCUCCUGGAGCAUCGUGGAGCAGUCCCUCGUCAAGCUGGGGGAGAGCCUGAACGGCCUCAGCAGCUCCCCACUGAGAAGCCAGGCUGAUGACUGCAUCUCCCUCAUCAAGAGCAUCCCCACCAUGCUCUCGGUGCACUGUGAGCAGCUGAACAAGACUGGCUUCCCCACCGUGCAUGCCGUGGUGCUGCUGGAGGGCACCAUGAACCUCACGGGAGAGACCCAGCCGCUGGUGGAGCAGCUGAUGAUGGUGAAGAGGAUGCAGCGCAUCCCCUCCCCGCUCUUUGUGCUGGAGAUCUGGAAAGCCUGUUUUGUUGGCCUCAUCGAGUCCCCAGAGGGCACAGAGGAGCUGAAGUGGACAGCAUUCACCUUCCUGAAGAUCCCACAGGUCCUGGUUAAACUCAAGAAGUACCCCCAGGGGGAGAAGGACUUCACUGAGGAUGUGAACUGUGCCUUCGAACCUCUCCAGAGGAGGAAUCCCUCAGGCCAACGCUCUCCUCUCUCUUUCAGCUGCAACUGCAUGAAUCAGCUCCUGCAGGAGUGCAGCAAGCAGGGGCUGCUUUCGGAGGCCAACAUGACCAACCUGAUUGAGAAACGGGAUGCAGACAGAGAACACGCCCCGCACCUGAAGUCUGCCGAGAACGCCAACAUCCAGCCCAACCCGGGGCUCAUCCUGCGCGCCGAGCCCACCGUCACCAACAUCCUGAAGACUAUGGAUGCAGAUCAUUCCAAGUCCCCCGAGGGUUUGCUGGGGGUCUUGGGUCACAUGCUGUCUGGGAAGAGCCUGGACUUGCUGUUGGCAGCAGCAGCAGCAACAGGCAAGCUGAAAUCCUUUGCUCAGAAGUUCAUCAAGCUGAACGAGUUCACGAAGCGCAUCGACGGAGAAGUCUCCAAAACCGCCCCGGUUCGAGCCCUGCUCUUUGACAUCUCUUUCCUAAUGCUGUGCCAUGUGGCCCAGACCUACGGAUCUGAGGUGAUCCUGUCGGAGUCGAGCCCGCCAGGUGAGGUGCCUUUCUUUGAGACCUGGAUGCUGACCUGCAUGCCUGAGGAGGGGAAGAUCCUCAACCCCGACCACCCCUGCUUCCGCCCCGACUCCACCAAGGUCGAGUCCCUGGUCGCCCUCCUCAACAACUCCUCCCAGAUGAAGCUGGUGCAGAUGAAGUGGCACGAGGUCUGUCUGAGCAUCUCAGCUGCCAUCCUGGAGAUCCUCAACGCCUGGGAGAACGGCGUGCUGACCUUUGAGUCCAUCCAGAAAAUCACAGACAACAUCAAGGGGAAGGUGUGCAGCAUGGCAGUGUGUGCUGUGGCCUGGCUGGUGGCCCACGUCCGCAUGCUGGGCCUGGAUGAGCGGGAGAAGUCCCUGCAGAUGAUCCGGCAGCUGGCCACCCCCCUGUACGGAGACAACACGCUGCAGUUCUACAACGAGCGUGUGGUGAUCAUGAGCUCCAUCCUGGAGCACAUGUGUGCCGACGUCCUGCAGCAGACGGCCACGCAGAUCAAGUUCCCCUCGACGGGCAUGGACACCAUCCCCUACUGGAACCUGCUGCCCCCCAAGAAGCCCAUCAAGGAGGUGCUGAUGAGCGUGUUCACCAAGGUGCUGGAGAAGGGCUGGGUCGACAGCCACUCCAUCCACAUCUUCGACACCCUGCUCCACAUGGGAGGCGUCUACUGGUUCUGCAACAACCUGGUCAAGGAGCUGCUGAAGGAGACGCGGAAGGAGCACACGCUGCGGGCCGUGGAGCUGCUCUAUGCCAUCUUCUGCCUGGACAUGCAGCAGCUGACACUGACCCUGCUGGGCCACAUCCUGCCCAACCUGCUGACAGACUCCUCCAAGUGGCACACCCUCAUGGACCCGCCGGGAAAGGCUCUGGCCAA